ACUAGGAUGCAAAACCACUCGAGGGAGGGACUCUUCUGCUUCCCUAUUAAGACACUGCAUCUGCAUAUUAUUGUACAUACGAGCCAAGGAGAAUAAGAGAAGGAAAGGAUGGCCAACGCUGCACUGGAGAUAGUUGGUCUGAUAUUGACCCUAAUUGGACUGAUUGGGACGGCAGCAAGCACUGGGAUGCCGAUGUGGCGAGUCACAGCUUUCAUAGGAGAGAACAUCAUUGUGUUUGAGACCCGAUACGAGGGUCUGUGGAUGAACUGCUUUCGGCAGGCCGACAUCAGGAUGCAGUGUAAGGUGUAUGACUCUCUCCUGGCCCUGCCCUCUGACCUACAAGCAGCAAGGGGGCUCAUGUGCUGCGCACUGGCACUGGGUGGCCUCGGUCUUCUGAUUAGUCUGGUGGGGCUGCAGUGCACAUCAUGUAUUGAAAACAACGAUAAAGCGAAGCGCCUUGUUCUCAUCAUUGCAGGAAUAAUGGUCCUAUGUGCUUGCAUCUGCGUCAUUAUCCCAGUGUCCUGGACAGGUCACGUCAUCAUCAGGGACUUCUACAACCCCUUGCUGAUUGAUGCCCAGCGCAGGGAGCUUGGGGAGGCUCUUUAUAUCGGCUGGGUGGCCUCUGCUUUCUUUUUUGUUGGAGGAUGCAUGUUUGUUUUUUGCAACCUGCAGUCUGACGAUAAGGAUUCAGAGAGGUACAUGUACUCCAGGGCCUCUGACUACAUGGCCUACACUCCCCAGCCUCCACAGCCUUUACAGCCUCAACAGCUGGUUUUCCUUCCCCAACCACAACUUCAGCCUGAGCCUCAGCCAGUGCUGUCAAGAUAUCCCUCCAACAACUACAGCUACCCUUCCAGAUAUCCCUCUGUACGCAGCGCGGUGGCUUAUCUCUGAAAGCUUUAACUGACUGAGGUCAUUAUAACCACAGGUAUGGUCACUAUGUGCAAGGACAAUUAUUUUACAUAUAGAAGUCAUUUCAAAUGGCAGAAAUUGUAUUUCGGGUAAGAAAAAUACAUUUCAAAUAAUACAUCUGUGAAAACAACUGAUUUUAAUUAUAUACAUAAAUCACGCUGUAAGAGUGAAGUCACUUUGAAAUGACUCUUUUUAUAUGUUUUUUAGGAGUACUUAGCGUCUUCUUGGACAGCACUAGUAAAAGCAUCUUGAUAUGGACCUAUAUUAUAAAUAUUGAUAAAUGAUUUCAACUACUUUUAUGUCUGUAAUUAAACUAAUUUUAUAUUUUCAAUCUUGUUUUUGUAUAUUAGGUGUGUAACCUUGUAUAUAACAUUUCAUGCAACCUGUAACCAAUGACAGAGGCAUACUUACUUAUAAAACAUGUGAAUUUGUGUUUACAGUUAAAAUUAUAUCUUUUGUUGUUUCAAUAUUUCUCCAUUUUAUCACAAAUCGCUGUGCUUGAAUUGGUAUUGAAAAUAACAUUCUCUACUACAUCAAAAAGGCAUAAAUAUGUUUGAAAAACAAACAUGUGAGUGGUACAAAUAUUUUCUUACAGGCACCUAUCAGGCUCAAACCGGUAUUAGACAAAUGAUCCACCAAGGGUAAACAAAGACAUGUGGGUUACAGGAAGAACCCUAAGGACAGUAAAUGCCAAAUUGAUGAUUGGGUGUAUGCUAAAUAAUCACACAGGUAUACAUGUAUGUUGGAAAAAUCUAAACAUUAUAUGCAUCUCAUUGUGAUUGGAAUAGAAUUAUGAGCCUGUGGUAAAGUUUGCCAUGAUGCCCUGGAGCUCUCUGGAGCGGAUGAAACUGAUCAAAUAGCUGAGCAAACAUGAGAUGCAGGUUUAAGACUGCUUGUUUUAGGGUGCGGAAACUUAACUCCAGAGCUUUGUGUUUGAGCCUAGAGACAUAGAUGACAUGACAGCAUGAUCAUGUGAUCACAUUUGCAAGCCACUUUGAAUGAUUUAAACAGAGGGCUCUAGAACCAAACAUUGUCUAUUUCAUUUCAGGGUUUAUCACAGUUCCAUUUAUGUUUGAGAAAUCAAUGAACAUUUCUGUAUCGGUUUAAUAAAGUGUAUUAACAUUUGAUAGAGUAAUGACAUUUCUAACUCUGUUUACAUUUGAAUUAUACAAUACCCUCA